ACCAACUGCCCUCUUGCCUUCUACUUCCAUCUUCUUUCUCUGCAGGUUGAUCCUGUACACGCUCAGCAGGCUCUGAUCUUCGCACACGCUAUUCUCCGCGGAACGCCCUUUUUGCUCGCUUCGCGUCCCCGCUUCGUCCUUUCGCUGCAUACAACGCGUUGAUCGCUGCUGUCUUCACACUCGCCCUUCUUCCUCCGCGCCUUAACCCUCAGCCAUGCCUGGAACCGACGUUGACAAUAUGCCCGACUUCACUGGUCGCUCUAUAGAUGAUGGGCGUCUUCUCUUGCUCGACUCUCUGGGCUGUGGUGCAUUCGGCAAGGUCAGCACAUACGCGCUUCUCAUACUGUCAGCCUCAUACGUCACAGGUCUACCGCUGCUGCGAUGUCACUUCUCCCAAAGGAGAACGCUCCUACUACGCCGUCAAGGUUCUCAAGAAGCCUAGGGCGCGCUCUCGUCAAGAACGAUAUCAGGCUCACGAACUCGCUCUGCACCACCGAGUCAGCGGCCACCCAUCUAUCGUGUCUUUUCACAAGGUCAUCACCGACUCCAAGCACGUCUACGUGGUCCUCAAUCUCUGCGACGGCGGCGACCUCUUCAGCGCGAUUACGGAGCGGAACCUCUACUUCGGCAACGAUGCUCUCAUCAAAUCAGUCUUCCUACAGAUCCUGGACGCUGUUCAUCAUUGUCACACCAAAGGCGUCUACCAUCGGGACCUGAAGCCUGAGAAUAUCUUCUGCUCCAAGGACGGCGCGACCAUGUACAUCGGCGACUUUGGGCUUGCUACAGACAAGGAAAUCACCAAGGACUACGGCUGCGGCAGCAAGUUCUACAUGAGUCCUGAAUGUAUCGGCAAGGAGAUCGUACUGGGCGAAUUUUCGAACGCGAGGAGCGACAUUUGGUCACUCGGCGUGGUCCUCACGAACCUGGUCUCCGGCCGUAAUCCUUGGGGCUACGCUGUCUCUUCCGACGCUUGCUUCGCUGCGUAUAUGCGCGACCCGAAUUUCCUGCUCACGGUCUUACCCAUCUCUGAGGCGGCCAACAACGUUCUCAAGCGCAUCUUCGUGAUAAACCCUCUGCGUCGAAUAUCUCUGCCAGGCCUACGCGCUGAGAUCGAGGACAUCAGGACGUUCUACGCUUCUGAUGUCGAGCUGGCUGUGCGCGAAACCGAGCUCGGGGACGUCGAUAUCGAGGUUAAGAACGCUCAGAACAAAGACGAGGUCGCGCCCUCCAUCCCCGCAUCCGACGAGCACUACAUAUAUCCCAGCCCUGCGGACGAGGCAUUUGCCAUUCCUGACUCCGCUGUCCUGGAGAUCAUUGACGUGCUCCCUCAUCCUUCUCCUGAAGCCGAGGUAUCUGACGCGGACGCGCCCAUCGAACAAGAUGGCGACAUACAAGAUGCAGUGCUUCCACCCAGCCCUGCUGGUCCUCUCGCCGCACCUGCAGCUGAGGACACGGUCGACUUCCUUGCGCCACCUCGUCGCCCCUUCGAUGCUGAGACUGGCUCGACAACUAGCUCAGCGGACAGCGAGGCACCUAUCACUCCUGCUACCUACCCCCUCGCGGACGACGUCGAGAUCCCUGACUUUGCUGAGGGCGAGGGUAUCGGGCAGUCUCGCGUACUCGGUUCUUCGGAGUACGUAGGUGCGCCCAAGUACGUCGAUGCGUCUUCCAUGCGCGUGGUGCCAGUCAAAGUCUCUCCCCUCGCGGGCGUCACCAUCGUUGACGAGGGGAGUGCUGGCUCCGACCCUGGUUCGGCGAAGCGAUCUCGAGGGCUGUCCUUCUCCAAGCUGUUCAGCAAGGGACCGUUCUCCAAGAUACGCAAUAUCGCCAAGCAGACCUCGGGAACGAAGGCGUAGCGGGGUGAUCAGGGGAGGGAAUCUGAAGGGCUAGUGGAGGGGGAAGCACAGCAUGCAUGCACGGACGCUUCAGCGAUUUGGACAAAGCACAUGU